GGCGCGGGGUUCCCAGAGCUGUGGGAGCGGGCGGGCGCCGAGGGGGCGGACCAAGCUCGCGGACCCCGCCGGCCUGGGGCGCGAGAGGCGGGCGAGGGGCGAGCGCCCGGGAGCGCGAAGGGCGGGCCGCCCUAGCGCGCCGGAGACACCCGAGCGCCCCGCGCUCUGGCACCAUGCGACCCGCCGCGCCUCCUCGCCUGCCCCCGGCUUCCCUGUCCGCUCGCUGAGCGCCGGCGCUCGCCACCGCGGAAACUCGGAAAAGCAGGCGAGACGUUGGAGAGCCGCGCGGGGACGGACCGAGACGUCCCCUCCGCCCUCAAGAGGCUGCCGGCCACUCGAUCCCAGGGCUCCUCUAGCUUUACCAUGAACCUGGCGCAAGCUUGGCGUUAGGAGAAAUCCAGAAGCCGGAGGGGGAGUCAAGGCAAUUCUUUGGUUGCUAAGUGUGAGUGAAGACAUCCAGAAUGGCUCAGGGAUCCGGGGAUCAGAGAGCACUGGGCAUUGCUGAUCCAGAGGAGAGUUCUCCAAAUAUGAUAGUCUACCGCAAAAUUGAAGACAUCAUUACAAAGAUGCAAGAUGACAAGACAGGGGGUGUGCCCAUCAGGACAGUCAAGAGCUUUCUCUCCAAAAUCCCCAGUGUUGUCACAGGUACGGACAUUGUGCAGUGGCUUAUGAAGAACCUUUCCAUCGAGGAUCCAGUUGAAGCAAUACACUUGGGAAGCCUCAUAGCUGCCCAGGGCUACGUCUUUCCGAUCUCGGACCACGUUCUCACCAUGAAGGAUGAUGGGACCUUUUAUCGUUUCCAGGCCCCGUACUUCUGGCCUUCGAACUGCUGGGAGCCUGAGAACACCGACUACGCCAUCUACCUCUGUAAGAGGACAAUGCAGAAUAAAGCAAGGCUGGAAUUGGCAGAUUAUGAAGCAGAAAACUUAGCAAGACUCCAGAGGGCCUUUGCAAGGAAGUGGGAAUUCAUCUUCAUGCAAGCAGAAGCACAAGUAAAGAUUGAUCGGAAAAAGGACAAGACAGAAAGGAAAAUUUUGGAUAGUCAAGAACGGGCCUUUUGGGAUGUGCACAGGCCAGUGCCAGGCUGUGUGAACACAACAGAAAUGGAUAUCAGAAAAUGUCGACGUUUGAAGAACCCGCAAAAAGUUAAAAAGUCGGUGUACGGCGUGACUGAUGAAUCCCAGUCGCAGAGCCCAGUGCACAUCCCCAGUCAGCCGAUCAGGAAAACUACAAAAGAGGACGUCCGGAAACAGAUAACAUUUUUGAAUGCACAGAUUGACAGACAUUGUUUAAAAAUGUCCAAAGUGGCUGAAAGCCUAAUUGCCUACACGGAACAGUAUGUGGAAUAUGACCCUUUGAUCACGCCAGCGGAGCCAUCCAACCCCUGGGUCAGCGACGAUACCGCUUUAUGGGACAUAGAGAUGAGCAAAGAGCCCAGCCAGCAGAGAGUAAAAAGAUGGGGCUUCUCUUUCGACGAGAUAUUGAAGGACCAGGUGGGACGGGACCAGUUUCUGCGAUUCCUGGAGUCAGAAUUCAGUUCAGAAAACCUCAGGUUCUGGUUGGCUGUCCAAGAUCUCAAGAAACAACCCCUACAGGAUGUGGCCAAAAGGGUGGAAGAAAUCUGGCAGGAGUUUCUGGCUCCAGGGGCCCCAAGUGCAAUCAACCUGGAUUCUCACAGCUACGAGAUAACCAGUCAGAACGUCAAGGAUGGUGGGAGAUACACAUUCGAAGAUGCCCAGGAAAAUCUCAAAGGGUUUUUACAAAACCUGAAGUCCUGCAAUAAGUCAUAGUAGAAUCUGGAAACCAGAGCACAUCAGCCAAGUGGGGACAGUGAGCUGGCAGGGCAGGGGUCAAGCCCACCCGCAUAAGGACCACCCUGCGCUGCUUGCACGGUGACCUCCAACUCUCCGCAUCUAUAUUCCCCGCCUUGUGCUUUGCAAUGAGAUACCGCAAGGAACAGACCAAAGCCCCUGCCCUCCAGGAAGUUAAAGCCUAGUGGGGGAGAAAGACAAGGAAAUGGGCAAUUUCACCAAUAAAUGAAAUGCCUCAAAAGGAUGAGCUCUGGGUUUAAGGAACCCAGGGCAGGGGGCAGGGCGGGGGACUCUCAGUUAUGCUAACAGCAUGAUUAGCAAACGGAUGCUGGUGAGGCUGGGGAACGAAACAGAAGCCACCCUAAACAGCAAGGCUAACUUAAGGGCUGGGAGGUGCCAUUUCUAAAGAUAAACAUCAGAUCCGUUUCUCACUUCCUGGCCCCUCACUUUUAUUUCCUCCCGUCAUCCUACACCCGGCGACAGGGCUUAAGGUUUUGCUCUUGUCUCCUCAACCCUCUUCAUUUCUUGCACCCGUGGGGUCCCCGGAUGAGAAUUUGGCCAGAUCACCCUCCUACAGAUGUUACAAUCUAAUUUAGGAGAUUCAGAGUGACCGCUGCAAAUAAUGGCAUGAGAACAAAACCAGUGUCCCUCGUCAUCCAGAUUUGCCUUGUCAUUGGCUCAGGACUUCAGAAUGGAGACAUCCACCAACCUCAGCCCCAUAACUGUCUUUUCUCUCCCCCUGGUCGUGAACUCCAGUGAACACCUGUGCCAGGCAGAUUUGGUUCUAUAGAGUUUAGUGACUUUGUUUUAUGAAAUCAUGAGUCUCUCACAUUCUUUGCAGCUUUAAAGCAGAAUGUUUAAGUUGAGACAUCUUUUUUUUCUGGUAGACUUUUGUAUGUGUGUGUAUACAUGCUCCCAAGCACAUAGUGACGUAUCCUGGCGAGGAGAGUGAUGGAGAGGCUCCCAGAUGAACGAUCUGCAGCACAAAACUCAACUCACCAUUAUUCAUGAAACACAAGAAAAGAGAUAUUGGUCAGAACCAUGAUGCUCCUUACCCAGUAUUAUCGCCCUGAGCCUGACAUUAGGAAAAUUUUAUUUUAAUCUUUUAUUAUGGAAACAUGUAAAUAUGUGGAAAAGUAGAAAAAAACAGAACCUCAAACCUUUGUGCACCUUCAUCCAACCUCAGCAAUCAUCAAUACAAGACUGAUCUCAUUCUGUCUGUGUCUCCACCUACAUUUCACCUACCACUGGGUUGUUUUAAAGCAAAUCCAAGUCUAUAUCACUUCAUCUAUAAAUACUUAAGUAUUAGCUUUAACAUUACCACGAUACCCUAACAGAUUAGUAAUUAUCUCUUAAUAUCAUCAAAUGUCAUGCAAGUGUUCACAUUUAUAGUAGUUCCAUAAACACCUUUUUCAAUCAUUAUUUCAAAUUCCAAAAUCCAAAUAAGGCCCACACUUCUCAGUAGAUCACCAUGUCUCUUAAGGGCCUUGUAAUCUACAGGUUUCUUUUACAUCUUCCCCAGUCUCCCACCCCCUUGCAAUUAAUUUGAUGAAGAAAUUGGAUACUUUGUGCUGUAGAGAUUCCACAGUCUGGAUUUUCCUGACUGCAACCCUGUGGUGCUAUUUAAUGUGUCCUUCUACCAUCUGCAUUUCCUAUAAAUUGGUAGUUUGAAUUAGAUAUUUAAUCGGAUUUAAGUUUGAUUUUUGUGAGCAAAACUACUUCGUAGGCUUUGUUGGGCUCUCCUCUCUGAAGGCACAUGGUGUCUAGUUGUCUCUCUCUGGUUUUCAGCAGCCAUUGGUGUUUAUUGUUUAGGUCCGUUAGUUAAUUAGGAGUUACAAAUCCUGUCUUUCUUUCUCCAUGCGUUAACUGAAAUACAAAUACUCAAACGCAAAUACCAUUUGAUUAAUCUAGAAUACAAUUCACAUAGGGCAGAUGGGAUGCAUGUUUGAUUCAUUCCCUUUAUUUGCCAAUUUAAAAAAUAUUGAGUGUUUUACUGUCAUUUUCCAGUGGUGACCAAUUAGGGUUUUUUGGUGUUUAUCAGUAUCCUUGUAAAUCCAUGGGUUUAAACAUAUUUGAUAUGUCUUAAUCCACUUUGUAUAUUCUUUUUAUUGAUGCUUGGAUUGUACCAUCUCUGGCUAGUUGGCUCCUUCUGACAUAACCCUAGUAGUCUUUGAUGUCAUCCAAAUAUCAGAGAAGCUAAGAUCAUCCAGAUCCUUUUCCAGACCUGGAAUCGGCUAGUUCUCCAGGGAUCCCUGGCUCCUCUUAGUGGAAAAUGGUUUUUAGAGACCAUAAUCUGGGCACUUAUAGGCACUCAUUGUUCCUGGGUUGGUCAUCAUUUCUAGGCCUUUUCAGUGGCCAGAGCUAAGAAAUAGGUGGUUGUUGCUUGUGAUAAAAAUGCAUCAUGAGUUCAUACUGACACUUCCCAUUCAAAUUCAAAACCGUAGGGGAUUUUAUUUAACGUCUUCUUGCUUAUUUCUGUGUCUCCGUUCUCUAUGCUGAGAAUCCUAGUUCCCAAGGACACCAUAAAUGAUCGCAUUAGUACUCCACAUCAUUUGCUCUGUCCUGCAUUACCACAGAGUGGUCUCAAAAUGACAGUGCCAACACCAGCAACAAUGGUAUGAUUACUGCCUGGUUCUUUAAUAGCUGCAUAGUAUUCCAUUGUUUGGAAGCACCAUAGUUCAGUCAACCAGUCCUCUUCUUGACAUAUGUCAUUACUAAUUCAAGAAAUACUUGGUGGGAAAACUUGGAAAGUCAGCGUGUUGUGUCUUGACAUGUUUCUGAAUACACAGCCUCCAUUUCAUUAGCGCAGAGCUCUGCCGUUUUUCGGGAGGCUACUUCCAAAUAUAUUAUAUCUCCUUAUUGAGGAAGGGUACCCAAAGCAUCUCUAACUUCCUCCUUGUCUGCUGGGACUGGGCUUCUAUGAAUUUCUAAUAAAGCACUCUUCCUAAACCAGUUUCUGUUUUCAGCCUGUUCCCUUUUGUUUCCUAAUAUGUGUCCAUCAUAAACACACAAAGUGCUUCUCACUAGCAGUAUGACCUUGAGCAAGUUACUGAAACACCCUGAAUUUUCUUUUCCUCAUCUGUGGAACAGAGAUACAACAGUACGUACACUGUGAAGAGGGAAUUAGAUGAAACGAAGCACAUCAACCACUAACAGCAUCUGGUCCACAGUAAAAUAAGAUAUUUACAAUUGUAUUUUCCUGAUGUCAUUAGUGUUCUUGUCUUAUACUUUUAUGUUCAACAAGUUUAGUGAAAAAAAUUCAAAUAAUUGCAUAUAGCCUUACUACCCAGAGCUAACCCCUAUUCUAUGUUUUUUUCUCUUUCAAUGUAUGUGUAUAGGGUGGGUAUGCAAUUUGGAUGAUUCUGUAGCCUGCCUCUUACGCUAUACUAAGAGUUGAUGUAAAAGGCUAACUUUCUUUUGUUAAAGGCCAGGUAGUUUAAAUUCUGAGCUUUGUGGGUCACAUGGUCUAUGUCACUACUUCUCAAUUCUGUCAUACAAAAACAACUAUUCUGUUACAGAGUAACAGAGUAAAAUUUAAGAGUAAAAAAUAAGUGGGCUGUGUUGAAAAUUUUUAUUUAUGGACCUUGAAAGUUCAAUUUCAUAUAGUUGUUCAUGAACUAUUCUUCUUUUAAUUUUUUUUCAGCCACUUAAAAAUGUAAAAACCAUUCUUAGUUUGCGGGACAUACAGAAAUAAGACAGUGAGCCAAAGUUUGAGACCCCUGGGUUGAACAAUGUGUCAGGAAAAUCAUUGACAUGCCUAGGAAAUUCAGAAAGAUACGAGACAGAGGGUUGAGCGUGGUUGAUCUUCCAUUCAUAUGGGAGAGUAGGUUAGAGGAGACAGUCUUGGUGCAGUAAUAGCCACACACCAGUCUCUGCAAAUAUUUCUACAUCGGGGUUGAGGGUUACAGAGCAGACCAAGGAGAAGUUAGCCAGUCCCACGAUCCUCACACUGCCUCACCCCUCCUGGCCAGCACUGCUGCCUGCACCAGUUACACAGGUGUGACUCAGAAGUUUCCAGGUAAGGAGGGGAGACUAAGAUCCAGCCAAGACUUGCUCUCAGAUCUCCCAGCUUGCUGGCUAAGAGUCUGCUGCCUAGACCACACUGCCCUGUAUUGUUAGAGCUGAGAGCUUGGUUGUCAUGUAGAGACCUGGAGAAACUCUGGUCCCUGGAGAAGGGCGCCAAGCUGGGGAGCAGGCUCUGAUCCUGUUUUGGCCGUAUGCUUUGCCUAGGAUUGUACCUGCAAAUCCUUUAAGCUUGCUCUCCUCAGUUUGCCCAUCUGAGAAGAGAGAAUGGUGACACCUAAGGCCUUUGGAAUGGUCCCCUCCAUCCCCCUGUUGGGAUCAGGAGCUUGGGGUGGAUUCCUCAGCUGGUCACAAUGGUUCUCAGAUGCUCCCCCCACCAACAGUGGUCAAAAUGCCGACAGACGUGUGAGCAUGUGUCCUGCUA